CAAUUCUGGCUAUCCACUGGGACUUUGCUAUGCGCUUAGCCUCAGGACUUCAGCACGCUUAGCGUAUAAUACAGUCUAGUGUCCUGUCUGUAAAGAAACUGUAGCUCGCUGAAGAUUGCAAACAUUUUCGGUCAACUUUUUUUUAUAAAAAACUUUUAUUUUAUUUUUAUUUUCCUCCCCAUCAUUGUCCUUCGUUGGAACCGAAGUCGAGGUGGAUGCAACUUUACAGACACAUUGUAAAAACAAGUUUGGCUGUUUUCGUUUGGUUGCCUAUUUUAGGAAAAUUGUAAUACGUUUGAAACUAAUGUUUUGUUCCCUGCUUUUUGAUUCUAUGGGAGAGUUUGGAACUCGAAAAACAUUUUGAAGACUAAACGCUACUUUUUUUUUUUUUUUUUACAACAUUGCCUUCAUGUUUCCCAUAUAUGUAUAGUUUUAAGGUGGCACAAGCACGUUUGUGAAUUAAGAAUCCGGUGAACUAGUCAACCAAUUCGGUAACUUUUAGAGCUUUAGCUAGUAGCCAGUGAAGUGUAAGGAAAUCUGGGUCUCCAUGAAGAAAUCCCAACGUGUGAGUUGAAACUGUCCUAGAAACCUAAAUACAGCUGAACGCUUUUCUCGUGUUUUUUUUUGUGCCCAUAACAUUUUUAUUUUAUUUAACCGACUCAAUGAACACGAUGUUAGUGUUCUCUACGGUUUACACAUUGGCCCUGCUUUUUGUUUCGACGAAGGCUGAGCCCAAUUCGAAAAGCUGCAUUGAAGUUAGGGCUGCAUACAGUUCCAAAGGCUUCAACAUCAAUGACGUUCCCAACAAAGGGGUACACGGAGCCCCCCUAAAGGUGUGUCCUCAGGGCUACUCAUGCUGUACCCUGGAGAUGGAGGAAAAGCUGAGCCAGCAGAGCCACUCAGACCUGAAGGCCCCCGUCUCCCAGCUCAACUCCAACCUACAGAGCACCUUCAAACAGAGGCACAGCCAAUUUGAUCAAUUCUUCCGCGAGUUGCUGGACAAUGCGGAGCACUCGCUCAACGACAUGUUCGUGCGCACGUAUGGCCUGAUGUAUGUGCAUAAUGCGGAGCUAUUCAAGCACUUUUUCCAGGAGCUGAAGCGCUACUAUGUGUCGGGCAGCGGGGCAGUCAACCUGGACUCCAUGCUGUCUAACUUCUGGGAAGACCUCCUGGAGAGGAUGUUCCGAUUGGUCAACGUCCAGUACGAGUUCAGUGACGCCUACAUGGAGUGUGUCAGCCGCCACACCGAGCAACUGAAACCGUUUGGUGACGUGCCGCGCAAGCUCCGCCUCCAGCUGACACGGGCCUUUGUCGCGGCACGCACCUUCACACGUGGCCUGGCGCUCAUGCCCGAGGUGGUCAACAAAGUCUCCACGGUCAGUGUAUCCCCUAGCUGUGUGCGGGCAGCCAUGAAGAUGUUGUACUGUCCCUACUGCAAAGGCCAGGUGGCCCUCAAGCCUUGCCAGAACUACUGUCUCAACGUGAUGCGUGGCUGUCUGGCCAACCAGGCUGACCUCGACACAGAGUGGAACAACUUCCUGGAUGCCAUGUUGAGUCUGGCUGAGAGACUGGAGGGGCCCUUCAACUUUGAGUCUGUGAUGGACCCCAUUGACGUUAAGAUCUCUGAGGCCAUCAUGAACAUGCAGGAGAACAGCAUGCAGGUGUCACAGAAGGUGUUCCAGGGGUGUGGUCAGCCUAAACCAGGUAAUGGCUUCCGGUCGCAUCGCUCAGUCAAGGAGACAGGAUUCACCGGUCGCUUUCGACCCUACAGCCCUGACGCACGGCCCACUACUGCUGCUGGCACCAGCCUGGACAGACUGACGACAGACGUGAAGAAAAGGCUGAAGCAUGCUAAGAAGUUCUGGUCCACGCUGCCAGAAACCGUGUGUGCUGGGGAGAGGAUUACGUCGAGGGAUGACUGUUGGAACGGAACAGCAAAGAGCAGGUACGAGUUUGUUGUCAUGGGCAAUGGAUUGGCCAAUCAGGUGUCCAACCCGGAUGUGGAAGUGGACAUUACAAAGCCAGAUGUGGUGAUUCGCAGUCAGAUCGCAGUGUUGAAGGAAAUGACCAGCUGGCUGAAGGCCGCCCACAGCGGCAAUGAUAUCUCCAUCGACCAAGAUGAGGAUGGUAGCGGAGGACAGGAGAGUGGUAGCGGCUGUGACUCUCCAUCCUGUGAGGCAGACCCGGACAUCUACUUCUCCAUCCCACCCACCCCCAUCAACCCCCGCGUGGUCAAGGUGGUGCACCAGGAAACGACCGGUGGAGACCGUAUGGCACACGGGAGCAUGGCACUGGCACUCUGUGGGCUCACCCUGGCCCUGCUCGCCCCCCAUUGGCGAUAAAGGGAGAGAGAGUGAGAAAGUAAGAUGGAGAGAAGGGAAAAACUGUCAGACUUUUAAGAAGACUGCCUUCAGGACCUGUCUGCCCGCCAUCAUGUGGGGGGGGGGGGGGCUCUUGAGUUAUUUUAAUUUUUUGUUCGUUUUUAUAAAAAUGGUCAAUACUGUACAGCGAUUUCCUUCCACUUUUCUUGUUUGUUUCUUUGCCUUUUGUCCUGAUUUAACGGAUUCGCCGCUUGCGCACCUUCGAGCUAGAAUCCCUCCCGCCACAUUACCAACAGUGUUUUGAGUUCUUCCAUUUCAUUCAUGGGCUGGCCAGGGAUGAAUGUGGCUAUGCCAGAAAAGAGAACAUCUUGGUUACAUGUUGAAGCUCUAGACUGGCUCUCAAAGCUAAGAGUACAGUAGCUCUGUGGGAAAAUACUAAGAAGUUACAGGGCUGAUGUUUAGAUGGUUCGAUAGGAGAUUGAACUAGCUGGCGAGGGGUUCUAGGGGCUUCUGUGUGCCCAGGUGUGCAUCCAUAAUGUGGAAGGAGUAGCACUUCCCAAACGACCCUCAAAUACCAAACUGGUCCACUGAGAUCAUACCUCAUCUGUGUUCUCUGAAUCAUCAUUAUACACUAGCAGUGUUGAAAUGGAACAUAUCUGAUGGAGUUGGAUGUAUGGGGAGGUCCUGAUGUAGGCUAGAAGAGAAAGUUGGUGACUUGAGAGAAGGGACCCCCCCCCCCCUCCCUGUCAUUCCCCUAUAGAAGGCAGAGUUUAAAAAGAGCAGUCCUCUGUGUCCUGGGGCAGAGAGUCUAUUCAGUUCAGAGCAGACUCAGACUCUGCACAAUUUGUCUUACAUAUGAUAAAAUAACAUGAUCUUGACAGGGAGUAGCUUGUAUCUCCAAAAUGUUUGAGAUGUAGCAAAAGAGAAACCAAGACACAGUUGAGUGACUUUGUGAAUUGAGUCAGAGAUGAGAGAAAUGUGGAGACUGAGUAUGAUGAAAUUGUAACACAGGGUUUUAUGUUGAGGAAUUUUUCGGUAUAUACUGUGUGUAUGUGUAUAUAUAUAUAUAAAAACAAUACUCAUCUCAUAAUUACAGUUGGAGUCGGAAGUUUACAUGCACAUAGGUUGGAGUCAUUAAAACUAGUUUUCAACCACUCCACAAAUUUCUUGUUAAUGAACUAUAGUUUUGGCAAGUCGGUUAGGACAUCUACUUUGUGCAUGACACAAGUCAUUUUUCCAACAAUUGUUUACCGACAGAUUAUUUAACUUACAAUUCACUGUAUCACAAUUCCAGUGAGUCAGAGGUUUACCUACACUAAGUUGACUGGGCCUUUAAACAAUUUGGAAAAUUCCAGAUGAUGUCAUGGCUUAGAAGCUUCUGAGGGACUAAUUGACAUAAUUUGAGUCAAUUGGAGAUGUGCAUGUAUUUCAAGGCCUAGCUUCAAACUCGGUGUCUCUUUGCUUGACAUCAUGGGAAAAUCAAAAGAAAUCAGCUAAGACCUCAGAAGAAGUGGAGACCUCCUCCACAAGUCUGGUUCAUCCUUGGGAUAAAUUUCUCAAUGCCUGAAUGCACCAAGUUCAGCUGUACAAACAAUAGUACGCAAGUAUAAACACCAUGGGACCACGCAGCCGUGAUACCACUCAGGAAGGAGACGCGUUCUGUCUCCUAGAGAUGAACGUACUUUGGUGCGAAAAGUGCAAAUCAAUCCCAGAACAACAGCAAAUUACCUUGUAAAGAUGCUGGAGGUAACCGGUACAAAAGUAUCUAUAUCCACAGUAAAACGAGUCCUAUAUCAACAUAACCUGAAAGGCCGCUCAACAAGGAAGAAGCCACUGCUCCAAAACCGCCAUAAAAAAGCUAGACUACGGUUUGCAACUGCACAUGGGGACAAAGAUCACAUUUUUGGGAGAAAUGUCCUCUGGUCUGAUGAAACAAAAAUAGAACUGUUUGUCCAUAAUCACCAUCGUUAUGUUUUAGAGGAAAAGGGGGAGGCUUGCAAGCCGAAGAACACCAUCCCAACAGUGAAGCUCGGGGGUGACAGCGUCAUGUUGUGGGGGUGUUUUGCAGGAGGGACUGGUGCACUUCACAAAAAUAUAUGGCAUCACGAGGAAGGAUAAUUACGUGGAUAUAUUGAAUCAACAUCUCAAGACAUCAGUCAGGAAGUUAAAGCUUGGUCGCAAAUGGGUCUUCAAAAUGGACAAUGACCCCAAGCAUACUUCCAAAGUUGUGGAAAAAUGGCCUAAGGACAACAAAGUCCAGGUAUUGGAGUGGCCAUCACAAAGCCUUGACCUCAAUCUUAUAGAACAUUUGUGGGCAGUACUGAAAAGCGUGUGGAGAGCAAGGAGGCCUACAAACCUGACUCAGUUACACCAGCUCUGUCAGGAGGAUUGGGCCAAAAUUCACCCAACUUAUUGUGGGAAGCUUAUGGAAAGCUACCAGAAACAUUUGACACAAGUUAAACAAUUUAAAGGCAAUGCAACCAAAUACUAAUUGAGUGUAUAUAAACUUCUGACCCACUGGGAAUGUGAUGAAAGAAAUAAAAGCUGAAAUAAAUCAUUCUCGCUACUAUUAUUCUGGCAUUUCACAUUCUUAAAAUAAAGUGGUGAUCCUAACUGACCUAAAACAGGGAAUAUUUACUAGGGUUAAAUGGCAGGAAUUGUGAAAAAAUGAGUAACUGUAUUUGGCUAAGACAGACACGGACGGACGGACAAAAGUUUGGACACACUCAUUCCAAGGUUUUUCUUUAUUUGUGCGAUUUUCUACAUUUUAUAAUAAUAGUGAAGACAUCAAAAUUAUGUAACAACACAUAUGGAAUCAUGUAGUAACCAAAAAAGUGUUAAACAAAUUCUAUUUGAGAUUCUUGCCACCCUUCGUCUUGAUGAAAGCUUUGCACACACUUGGCAUUAUCUCAACCAGCUCUAUGAGGUAGACACCUGCAAUGCAUUUCAAUUAACAGGUGUGCCAUGUUCAUUUGUGGAAUUUCUUUCCUUAAUGCGUUUGAGCCAAUCAGUUGUGUUGUGACAAGGUAGGGCUGGUAUACAGAAGAGAGGCUUGGUAACUCUAAUGAACUUAUCCUCUGUAGCAGAGGUAACUUGGUCUUCCUUUCCUGUGGCGGUCCUCAUGAGAGCCAGUUACAUCUUAUAGCGCUUGAUGGUUUUUGCGACUGAACUUGAAGAAAUUAAAAGUUAAUGCAAUUUUC